CUAGAUAAUCUUGUUGACCCAGAAGAAUUGAGAACUGCAAUUGGCUAAUUGCUUGCACUUUCCAUUGUACUUUUGCACCGUACAGUAUAUAAAAGAUGGAUUCUGAAAUACAAAGUAACCCCCUGUUAGAACCCAGAAUAAUUGUUACACUCUGCAAUGGAACCUCUGGGAGCAACAAGUGUUUUCCUGGUGCUUUGUGUCUCUUGCCUUCUUUUCCUUUCAGCAUGGAAAAAGGUGUCUGGAAGUGGGAAGCUGCCACCUGGCCCUGUUGCUUUUCCCAUCAUAGGGAACACGCUGCAGCUGAAUAUGAGGAACUUGCCCCAAUCUAUACAUGAGCUCAGUGCAAAGUACGGCCCGGUUUUCACAAUACGCUUAGGCUCACAGCGGGUUGUGGUGCUGUAUGGACAGGAGGCUGUGAAGGAAGCUCUGAUUGAUCAAGGGGAUGAGUUCAGUGGAAGAGGAAAACUAGCACUGGCUGACAAGCUUGCUAAAGGAGCAGGCAUUAUAUUCAGCAAUGGGGAGCGGUGGAAGCAGCUUCGCCGAUUUGCCCUCACCACGCUCAGAAACUUUGGGAUGGGGAAGAAAAGCAUUGAGGAACGGAUCCAGGAGGAAGCCUGUUUUCUGGUGGAAAGGCUCAAAAAAACACACGAGCGACCCUUUGAUCCCACCAUCCCUCUCACCCAUGCUGUCUCCAACAUCAUCUGCUCCAUUGUCUUUGGGAACCGGUUUGACUAUGAAGAUCAGAAGUUUCUGGCAUUCAUUAAUCUCACAGAGGAAAACAAUGAACUCUUCCGCUCUUUCCUGGGACAGCUGUACAAUUUUUUCCCAACUCUCAUGGAUUAUAUACCUGGGCCUCACCAGCAGUUAGUUAAAAAUUCGGAGGAGUUUAAAAGAUUUGUUCUGGAGAGAGUGAAGAUGCACGAAGAGUCUCUGGAUCUCAGCUGCCCUCGAGACUUCAUUGAUGCUUUCCUCAUCAAAAUGGAACAGGAGCAACAGAAUGGCCAGUCAGAAUUUAACACUGAAAACUUGGUGAGAAGCACAGUAGACUUAUUCCUUGCUGGAACAGGGACAUCCAGCACCACCCUGAGACAUGGACUCCUGAUUCUUCUGAAAUAUCCAGAUAUAGAAGCGAAAGUUCAUGAAGAGAUUGACCGUGUGAUUGGCCGAAGCCGAAGCCCCUGCAUGGCGGACCGAAGCCAGAUGCCCUACACAGAUGCUGUGAUACAUGAGAUGCAGAGAUUCAUUAACCUUGUCCCGAUGGGUGUCCCACAUGCAGUGACCAGAGACACUUGUUUCAGACAAUAUGUUAUUCCCAAGGGCACUACUAUAUUCCCUGCUCUGCAAUCAGUCCUAGGUGACAGCAGGGAAUUUCCAAAGCCAGAGCAAUUUAACCCGGGACAUUUCUUGGAUGAAAAUGGUGCCUUUAAGAAGAGUGACUUCUUCAUGCCUUUUUCUGCAGGGAAACGGAUUUGUGUGGGAGAGGGUCUGGCUCGGAUGGAGAUAUUUUUGAUACUGACAAUGAUUUUGCAGAAUUUUACCUUGAAAUCUCUCGUUGACCCCAAGGACAUUGAUAUAGCUUCACUACCAAGUUUAGUGUUAAAUGCACCAAAAUCAUACCAGCUCUGUGUUUUGCCUCGAUAAAGAUCAUGAAAAGUCACCUCAAUGUCCUACACCAGUAGUGAAUUUGAUUGUCUAUGAUCCCGGACUCAUUAGUACAGUGACAGAAAUGAACUCAUUGUCUUGAAACAGACAGAUAAAUAACCUGGCUUUUUAAGUAACUGUGAUUUAACAAAAUUAAAUGCAAUACCAAAAAAAGAAAAAUUAUUGACUCCAAAGGCAUGUACAAUAACCCAACAGUGUUCUUAGCCUGGCUCAGGUGCGAAUCUGUUCCUCACAUAAGUUGGGUAUGUUUUCAGUUCAUUUGUGGUGCAGUUGACAACAAUUGAAACUACUUUUGACAGCCAUAAAUGCUGCUUUAUUUACAAGGGGCUAGUAUGUUUCCAGCUCUUGAGGUCUGAUCAGCCAAUCAGAGUAAAUUGUGGUGAUGUAAUGCUUAUGAUUGGACAGCCUGCUUUGAUGCGGGGAGUUUCUGUGGCACUGGACUGAACUAGAGUUCCCCCUCCCCUGCUCAUUCAUGUAAUUUCAAUUUAGCUCAGUGGAAUUAAACUUUCACUUAAUAAAGAUUCUUCUUAUUUCUCCAGCUCA